AGCUGUAUCAGAGGCUGUAUUAAACAGCAGAUCAGCACUGUUCCAGCAUCCUUUUUGAAGAGAACUGCUGCAGACACAGAACCUCAAAUAUGGCAACCUUCAACGUUAGUCGCUGGAAUGAAACUACAUCCCUCUAUCAGUACCUUGGCUUCCAAGUGCAGAAAAUUUACCCUUUCCAUGACAAUUGGAACACUGCCUGCUUUGUCAUUCUGGUCAUAUUUAUAUUUACUGUAAUCUGUUUAGUAGUACUAGCUUUCCUAUAUGAGCUGCUUGACUGCUGUUGCUGCGUAAAAAAUAAAACCAUGAAAGACUUAGAGAAUGAACCCAAUCCUGUUAGAUCUAUGAUGGACAGCUUCAGGAAACGUGAAACAGAAGUGGUGUAGUGGUGGACUGAUCA